AUGGCUGGAAGAUCCGAAAUGCACGCGAAAGAGCCGGUUAACGAGCAGAUGAUAGCAAACAUGUACACAUCCAUGAGAACCGAACUAAACCAGAUAUACUCCAAAAUCACAGAACUGGAGAUGGAAGUGAGCGAGCACUCGUUGGUCAUUAACGCCAUCCAACCCCUAGACCCUGCCAGGCGCUGCUACCGCAUGAUUGGAGGUGUGCUCGUUGAGAGGAACAUCAAGGAGGUCCUACCAGCCGUGCAGCGUAACAAAGAAGGGAUCGAGGAAGUCAUCGCCAGGCUGAACGAAGCCUUGGAAAAGAAGAAGAAGGAGAUCGCCGACUUUGAAGCGAAGUACAAGAUCAGGAUUAGGAAAGGUGAUAGUGACAUGAAGGAUGAAGAAGGCAGCAAGAAGGAAGGCGGCUCUCAAGGCGUCCUCGUGGGCCCUGCCGGAUCAGCCGAAUAA